UUUCACCGCACACAUAGAAUUAGCCAGGCAUGAAUCAACAGCUUUUCUACCUACGUGGUUUCUAUGGCGUAGCUGCUGUAUUGUUUUGGUUAGGAAAAUUUGCCUGUUACAGCCACGGAUCGCUUUCACUAAGGUGAUGGAUGAGCAGACGGGCUCUCCUGCAGCCAACACCGACAACAACAGCCAGAGAAAUGGGGAUGAGAAACCUCGACGUGGCAGCUGGACCAAAGGGAGGAAGAGGAAGAAGCCGAUGAAGGACAGCAACGCGCCCAAAGCUCCCCUGACGGGCUACGUUCGCUUCAUGAACGACAGGCGGGAGCAGCUGCGGGCGGAGCGUCCAGACGUGCCCUUCCCAGAGAUUACGAGGAUGCUGGGCAAUGAGUGGAGCAAGCUGGCCCCGGAGGAGAAGCAGCGCUAUUUGGACGAAGCGGAGCGCGAUAAGGAGCGCUACAUGCGAGAGCUGGAGAAGUACCAGAAGACCGAGGCCUACAAGCAUUUCACCAGGAAGGUCCAGGAGAAGCAGAAGGGCAAGAGGCACAGGGGAGAUGUUGGGCACCAAGUCGCCAGCGAGGCCCUUCAUGAGAAGGACGCGGAGGGAAAGGACAGGACUGUGUUCGACAUCCCAAUCUUCACAGAAGAGUUUCUCAACCACAGCAAAGCGCGAGAGGCCGAGAUGCGGCAGCUGCGCAAGACCAACAUGGAGUACGAGGAGCGUAACGCGGCCCUGCAGAAGCACGUGGAGAGCAUGCGCGGCGCCGUGGAGCGGCUGGAGGGCGACGUGAUCCAAGAGCGGGAACGCAACGGGCUCCUGCACCAGCACCUGGAAACGCUGCGCCAGGCACUCACCUCCAGCUUCUCAUCGGUGCCUCUGCCAGGCAGCGGAGAAACCCCGACCCUCGACACCAUCGACGCUUACAUGAAGAAGCUCCACAGCAUCAUCGUGGGGAGCCCCCAGGAGCACGAGACCCUCGUCAACACAGUGAGAGACGUAGUCAGCCGCCUGGACAGAUAAUUGGAUCAAGCUCGGCUGAUUCGAUGGAUCAGGAUUUUCUGCAGGAUUUUCAUCAACUCUUCGUCCCAGUUGAGUUAAAAAUGUCCAGAACUCUGCUAUGAUCAUAUCAGUGAAUGUGAUGUAGCGUCUUCUAUUUAUUUAUUUUUUUCCACCUGAUUGAUAGAGCUGUAGUGAUCUCCUAAGCUGGGCAUAAAGGGUUUUUUUUUUCUGCCGUGUCUCCUGCGCCGUCCUCACUGCUCCUUUCUAGCAGCUGCUUCCACAACAGAGCCAUCGCUAUCAUCCUCUCUGUGUUUUGUAUUAAACCAUAACCAAGAAAUGUUGCUGACAUGUCUGUUGUCCUCUUAGAGUCUGUUCAGGAAGAAAGCACUUGUGCCAUUGUUUGCCCGUUGUGAGAAGUGUUUGUAUUUUCAAUAAAAAUGUUUCCAUGGUC